AUGGUAAAGCUACCGCAGAGCCCAUCCCAGAUUGGAACAAGAUUUAAUCUCUUUACUAGAAACAACAGGAAUUCAACAACGCUCAUUGAUGAUCACAACAUAAACAAGCUCACUGCCUCUCAUUUCAAGAUUUCAAGGCGGACAAUUUUGGUAAUUCACGGAUUUACAGGUAAGGGCAAGAGGUGGUGAAGGGGUGGCGGGGGUGGAGGGACAGGAAGACGGUCGCGAUCGUUGAAUAUCAUUUAUUUAUUUCUCAUGAACUCCAGCAACGCAAGCGUUUGAUUGUCCCCCUCCCCCUCAAUAACCCCCGAAACCCCCUCCUCCCCCUCGAUUCAUUUAAAACUCCGUGGAUGGCCGGCAGCAGUCUCGGCGGGUCUUACUCCCGGCCGGGACUGAAAAAUCUAUCAACCGUAAUGCACAAGUAGAUAUGCCGAACGAUAUUAUCAAACUUCAAGCAAAUUUUGUUAAAACUACCUUCAAUAAAAGAGGAAGUCCCCACCUGCCUUCAUGACAAAAGUUUUCACUCUCGCCCUUUCUGGGUUAACAUGCUUGUUUUUCUUGACUUUACUUCACUGUUCUAUGAACAGAUGUUAAUAUGUGAAAUUUUGGAAAACGAGCGCUAUAAGGCUAAGGUCAUGUCAUUCAUCCCAAUCUCUUGCUGUGGAAUCGAAGUUACUUAAUAUUCAUUCAUGGAAAUAAUAUUUUCCACUUCCUUUCUUAGUUUGAAACUGUGCGACGGUUUCUCCUUCUCUGGGUAUAACCUGUUUGCAAACAUCUGUUUUGAUCGUCGAAAUCGAACACUUAAAGCUACUUACUAUAAUCUACUGUGCCCAUUUGUUCAAAGGCUAAUUAGCGCUUACCCGGGGUUAAAUUUUCAUCCAGGUUCUUUUUGUUUUUGCUCAAGAGCUUUUCCUCGGAAAAUUUUCUACAUUCUCUUUAGGGCAUUCAAUCGUCAAAUUGUAGACAAAAAGAAUUACGAUGAAUUUCCUUUAUAAUCCUGGGACGUACUAAACUGGAAGGAUGCCAAACCCCCCGCCUUCCCCUUCCCCCCCACCGUAAGGGUUUUUCCUAGAGGAUAAAACAUCAGUACCUGACGUUUUCAGGUGCUGUUCGUUAAUCCAUCGCGCACAUUUUGAGACAAGCUUAAGUUUAGUGAUGAUCAGUUGCUAUCACGAGCUAUGACGUCAUAAGUAGAAGGCAGUCGAGCAAAUUUUGGGUGAAAAUACAUGUUUUUUCAACUUUUUUUCAACAAUAAAAGUAAAUCUUGUGGCUAAAAUCAUGCAAAGUGCUUAUUUAUGUGUUAUUUUUCAUGUAAAGCACUGGUAAAAUCCAAGAUGUCGACCAUUGUUGGUGACGUCAGAGGCCUCAAAGCAGCGCCACCCCCCCCCCCCCCUAAAAUAUACCUCAUCUUGUUAAGAAGAUCAAAGGCUUUCCACUAAAGACAAAAUCGUUUCAAAAUACUGUAACAUAUCAAAAACUCGUGGGAGGGGUCCCAGAAACCCCCACCCUCUUGUACCACGGUUGGGGUAUAAAUUUGCGUGUAAGUCCGAGGGUUUAGCUUUCAUAGCCGAAUUAAAAUUUCGCACUAAUCCCGGGUAAGUUUAUUUCAGGACCCAGCUUUGAACAACUCGGCUGUGAAGGCUAUCUCUGGUUUUAAACCGGCACCGAGUGGGUGGGCCUUGGUGUAUAAAGGGGAGCGCAGUCUGCUUUCCCCUAACUACCUUUGAUACUCUUUCCUAUGUUACAACACCCAACGUUUUAAACUUGGAAGGCCGCCUUUUUGUAACUUAUCGAAUCCAAUAUAAUAGUCAAAAUAAGCCACACUUCGCAGAUUUACUGUCUGACUCAUAUUACUGCACAGAAAGCAUCAACACCUGGGCCACAGAAUUGAAAACUGAACUUUUAAAUCGUGAAGACUGCAAUGUGAUUUUGGUGGACUGGCCAAAAGGGGCUAAAGGACCGCCCUGGAAUUACGGCCAGGCAGCCGGGAACACACGGCUUGUGGGUGUUCAGACAGCGGAGCUUAUAAGGUUCCUGAUUAGUUCUACUAGCUCUGGCUCAGCUAGUUCGACCGAUCGUUUCUACAUUGUGGGGUUCAGUCUUGGAGCUCAAGUGGCAGGAUAUGCUGGAAGCUAUUUGCAAGCUCAUGGAAUGAUACUUGGUCGAAUAACCGGUAAGGAUAUCUUGAAAUAAUUUGGCAGUUUUUGACGCAUUUAGCAAAUCUUAUAUAAAUCCAUCAAUAGCAAAGUGGAGUCAAUGAAUAAAAAGUCGGUGACUCACUACUCGCCUACUAGCUACUCUUCCUUCUUUUUAUUACUAUCACUACUACUACUACUACUACUAAUCCAUUUAUUAUUUUCUAUACAAUCACGGACACCGAAGAUAGUCCCGAUAUUUCAAGCACAUUGUCCUUUUGCGCUUGGAAUAUUAAUGGCCUUUCUUCGAAAUAUCUUGGAAAUAAGUUAGAUAAUACUGAUUUUGUGAGUGUUAUUAAUAACUCCGAUUUUAUAUUGUUAACAGAAAUUGGCAACUGCUCUAAUCUGGAAAUUGCGGGAUACAAAUCUCUUUUUCGAUGUCCCACACCAAAUCAGUCGGGGAGAGGUGGGCGUAACUCCGGAGGAAUCGCUUUAUUUUAUAAGAACAAAUUCCAUAAAAACAUUUCCAUCACUAAAACAACUCAGCAUUUUAUUUGGUUUAAAAUUGAGAAUCGUUUUCUAAAUUCAGUGAAGAAUAUUUACGUCUGUGGUGUCUAUAUACCCCCCUGUAACUCAAAAUACUUCGAAAUUUUUGAUCAGCUAGAACAAGACAUAGUACGUUUUUCUUCGAAAGGAUCAAUAAUUCUCAUGGGUGACUUUAACUCGAGAACCGGGAAAUACUCUGAUACUGUCUCAAAGGAGGGAAACAGUAGAAUUAGUAAUGAUCAGUCGGAAUCUGCUUUCCAGCCAACUCAAAGAAACAGUUUUGAUAAUGUUUUAAAUAGCCAUGGGAAACGGCUGUUGGAAAUUUGUAAAACCUUUGACCUAAGAAUAGUUAAUGGCAGAGUUAAUGGAGAUAUCCUAGGCAGACCCACUUUUCAUGGAAAAAACGGAACGAGCGUUAUUGAUUAUCUAAUAUGUGAUCAGUGUACAUUUCUCAACGUUGCAAAUUUUGUUGUUAAACAGCCAUCUUAUUUAUCGGAUCAUAGUGCCAUCGUGGCAUGGCUCAAUCUUAACACCAGGUUAAUUGGAGACGAAAUGCACACUCCAAAUAGUAGCAAUAGAUUAUCAAAAUUACCAGGGCAAUUUUGCUGGGAAGUUGACUCACAUUUAAAAUUCAAAAACGCACUGCGCACGGAACCAAUCCAAAUUCUAAUUAGACAAUAUAUGGAGAGAAACACCGAAGAUGUAAAUAUCUCCUUAGAAAACGCUAUGGAAAUUCUAACUGAGACCUCCAAGCUGUGCCUAAAAAUUAAAGCUAAGAAAACUUAUAAGCGUGUUAAGAAAUCAUCCAACAAGAAAUGGUUCGACUGUGAAUGUCGCUUGAAAAGGCAUGAAUUACGAAAAGUCUCAAAUGAAAAGCACCGUCACCCCCUCAACUCCGAAGUGCGGGAAAGAUAUCACAAAACCUUGAAUGAUUACAAAAAGCUCCUAGACACAAAGAAGAGAGGAUUCCACAAAGAAAAAACAUUACAACUCGACGAACUAGCUUUAAAUCCUGACAAGGCGUCAUUUUGGAAUUGUUUAAAUUCGAUGAGCGACACUUUCAACGAAAAUGUUCCUGCCCCAAUCUCGGAAGAAUCAUGGCUUCACCAUUUCAAAUCUCUGCAUUCUAUUGACCCGACGAAUUCCACGCAUGAACAUGAAAUCCAUAGGGAACUAAAUUCUUUAGAACACGAAAAGGAACAGUUUAACCAUCUCGAUUAUGAGAUAACUGAGAGGGAAAUACGUCAAGCGGCGAAGAAAUUGAAAAAUAAGAAAUCACCAUUUGUUGACAAAAUACGAAAUGAAAUGAUCAAAGCAAGCCUCGAACCACUAAUGCCUGUCUAUGUCAAACUUUUUAACCUCAUUUUACAAUCCGGAAAAAUGCCAGUUGUUUGGUGUCAAGGCCUCAUAACCCCAAUUUACAAAUCUGGUGACAAGAGUGAUCCAACAAAUUACAGAGGCAUAUGUGUUUCUAGUUGCCUUGGAAAACUGUUCUGUUCUAUUUUAAAUCGAAGACUUCACUUGUAUUUUGAGGAAAAUAAGAUAUUACAUAAUUCCCAAAUUGGCUUUUUGCCUGAAAACCGCACUGCAGACCAUGUUUUCACUCUAAGGAUCCUAAUAGAUAAAUAUGUGCAUUAUCACAAGGAAAAAGUCUACGCUUGUUUCGUAGAUUUCCGCAAAGCGUUUGACUCUGUUUGGCACGAAGGAUUGUUUUAUAAGCUGCUAAAAACGAAUAUAGGAGGAAACUUGUACAACCUCAUGAAAAGUCUUUAUUGCAACUCGACAUGUUCCAUCAAAAUCGGUGAAAACAAAACACAGCCUUUUUCAUAUUCCAGAGGUGUACGUCAAGGCUGUAUUUUAAGUCCUCUUUUAUUUAACCUCUAUUUAAACAAUCUACCACUUUUAUUCGAAAACACCUUAUCUGACCCAUUUGUUCUCCCAAAUGGGAAAAAAAAAAAAUUCACUUUUCUACGCAGAUGAUUUAGUUAUUCUAUCAAGAUCGAAAACUGGAUUACAGAACUGUUUAAAUGCGCUUUCUUUGUAUUGUGACAAAUGGAAGCUAAAAAUUAAUCCGAAGAAAACAAAAAAAUUAUGAUAUUCCAGAAACGCCCAAAAAAUCUAUUGACAUCAAAUUCAACAUAGGCAGUGAGUCAAUUGAAAUUGUCCAAGAAUACACUUAUUUAGGUACACGUUUAACUCCAACGGGUAACUUUACACUUGCACUCGAACACUUAAAAGAAAAGGCUCUUCACGCGUUUUCUAGUAUUCGGAAGCGGACAAUUCUUAACAAACUUAAUCCUAAUACUGCAUCCCAAAUUU